AUGGCGGCAGAGGCUAACGUUAUCUACAAGUGUGCAGAUUGUGGCAUAUGUUUUGCAAUCAAAUCUACAUUUGAUGCUCACAAAUGUACAGACACUUCCAGUUCAUCUGAAAGGUUAACCAUGCCACGCAGAAGAUACUGGAAGAAGUCGAUAGUGAAAGUGCAACCUGUUUUACAGACUGACGUGACUGAGGAUACUGGCCUCAUUCAAAACAGUAUCAGAGACAUAGACAUGACUGAGGAUACUGGCCUCAUUCAAAACAGUAUCAGAGACCUAACAAGUGACUUGACUGAGGAUACUGGCCUCGCAAAAUCUGAUCGGAAAAAACCUCCAAUGGAAAAACAGGAAAUGCUGCACAAAAAUGCUCCUGACAAAAGGAAAAAGAGAAAGAUACCGACAGCAAAAUUGAGAUAUUCUUGCCAAAAGCCAAAUAACGGAAAAAGGAAAUGUUUCUGGUUUGCAAGUUCCGAAUGGAAAAAGCGUCCUUUUGACUUGCACAACUAUUCAAAAGUUCAAAAAGAACUAAGUGCAAACAAGAUGAAAGAAAUUGGUGACCAACAUUGUUUCCGCGAGCAAGAAAGUUCAUGCAAGGAUGAAAAAAAUGAACAAAGAAAGAUUUACAAUAGGAAUUACAAAAGAAUGCAAAGAAGUGAUAAAUAUUUCAAAUUGAAAGAGGCACAAAAGAGAACAAAAACCAGGGCUGAAAAUGAUUUUAGAAGUAAUGAAAGAACAAAGGAAAUGUAUUGCAAGAGAAAGGCUAGGUUUGAUGAUGCAUACAAACACAAAGAGAAACUUCAAGAAAAAGAAAGUAAAAAAAAAGCUAGACUUGAUGAUCAGUUCAGAAGUAAAGAAAAAAUCUGGGAAAAACAAACAAAAACAAAAACAAGAUCUGAUGAUGACUACAGGUUUAAAGAGAAACUUAAAGAAAGAGAAUGCAAAAAGAGAGCUAGACUUGAUGAUGAAUACAGAAGUAAAGAAAAAAACUGGGAAAAACAAACCAAAACAAAAACAAGAUCUGAUGAUGACUACAGGACUAAAGAGAAACUUAAAGAAAGAGAAUGCAAAAAGAGAGCUAGACUCGAUGAUGAAUACAGAAGUAAAGAAAAAAUCUAG